AUAUGUAUAAUCGAUAUUUCUGUUUGUUUUAUCUGACGCAUAUUAUAUAUAUAUAUAUAUACUUUUAUUGUGCAACAAGUUUUUAUCAGUGUUAACAAAUAUUUAAUAUUCAAAAUUACUGUAUAUUUCAAAAAAUAUAUCACAACAAUUCCAAUAAACAAUGCCAUAUUAACUUAGUAAAAUUUCAUUUUAAUCAACAUCAACGCUAAUUAAAAAUAUGCUAGCGAUAAAUGGUGAUUGCAUUGUAAAUUUUACAUAAUUUAGUGAUAUAAAAAAUUAAGAAUCAAUCCACACAAAUAAAAAGGAGUACAAUCAAUUUCUAUGCAAGCCAAAAAUUAAUAUAUAGUGAAAAUAAACUUUUGUGCACUUAGGAUAAAAGUAAAAAAAGUAAAACACAAAACAAAAAUAUAGACUGGUCACAUUAGUUUAAUGUAGGAACUCCAAAAUUAAACCUUCUAAGCUUUCACAUUCUGUAUUUUUGGCUUCCCUUGGUUUCAUCAAUACCUCUUUGAAUCUCCUAUAUUUGUUCUCUUAACUAUCUCAUGUUUCAUCUCACCUCCACGAUUCCAUUUAUGACAUAAUGACUUUGUAUCACAUCUCUCUCUUCCCCUUCUAACAAGUUCUUCCAAUUUUGUACUUUUCUGACCAAUUUUGCAAAUCAUAUUCGUGAAUAUUUUGUGAAUGUAAAUAAAAUAUUGUUUCUUAUUUACUCGAGCUUUGUCUUCGUACAACUUUUUCUCUUUUUUACUUUUUGUGACUAAAUUUCUUAGCUUUUUAUUAUUAUAGAUAUUUUCUCACUGCUUAUUCCCGAGGCGAACUUGAUCUCAUUCUCUUCCUUCUCUUUCUUGCAAAUCCACCUCCGUCUUAAUAUCCUCCAUCUUUUCUCUGCCACGGUGUGUAUACCUGGCCAAUUGAUAUAUCAUGGAUUUUACCCAUUUUUAGCUAUGGUAUAUAGAUGUUUUAGGAACUAUUUAUUAUGUUUUUGAGUCUUUUUAGCACAUUUACAGGUUCAGGAGUGUUAUGGAGGAAAAUGAUGAUUUGGGUGCAUUUUAGAGAUAAAAGGAGAGGAAGCUCGUAGUUGACCAUCGAACUUGUGUGAAAGUCGACGAUCAGAGAUAAACAUUGAUCCACGCACAUCCUUUGCCGUCGAUCGAUAUCAAAGCGCGCAAAACCCAGGUAGGUUUCCAGCCGGCCUAAAUCCCAAGUCAUGACAUAUUUACAUAAAUAGCCCUGGCCGACUUUUAACCUAAUAUUUAUGUGCUCUGCCAUUGUUCUUGGCAAUACACGCUUUCUUAUUUUCUACUUUACACAGCAAACAAAACUUAUGGAUCAAAUCAAUAGACUCUGAGAUUACACAAUAGAUUUGUAGUUUUUGAAGUAAAGCUAGACGAUUAUUGUUGGGGUCAAAAUCGAUCACGAUGGAAUCAAUGCACGAGGAAUCCCGGAAAAGUAUCUCUUGUAACAAGAAGUUUCGUAUAAGUCCUCAAAAAGAAAUGACAAGUUCUAAGAACGGAAAAAUCCAAUCUCUUCGUAGCCUUGGGGAAACAAACUACGAAGCAUGGAGAAUGCCUUACCAGCGUCUUAACGUCCAUCAAAGAAAGCCAAAGUACAUCCCGUCCCAGCGUCCUCUCCCGUCCCGUCCCGAUGCAUCUGGAUGCUCCAAGCGUCCUGGCCGUCCUCAUCGCCGAAACCUAACCGUUUCCAGCCCACUACUCAUUAGAGAAAUCCAAAAUCACCACCAGUUAUAUCAUUUAAGAGCUUAAGGUGCAGUCUCAUCGAUGGGGUAUUGACCUCAGAACACCUGAACUCUUAAACAUUCAGGUUUCUAAUCAAAGUUGAAAGCUUUAGAUUCUUUCCGCAUUUAAAAAGGUAUAUAAAUGGGUUAUAAACCCUUCUUGACCGAAAAACCAGAUCGCUGUGGUGAUCGAAAAAAGAAAAACCAGAAAAAAAAGAAAGUGUGGUGAACGCAUCUGUUACUAUGCAAAAGAAGUGAAAAGAGUAACUAAAAAAAUAGUCAAAGAAAUCGCAUUCAAAGCCAUUUUCUUCAUGAUUUGAUUCUACAGGUUUUUGCAUAUAUUAGAGGAAAGAAUUAAAAAUAUUUUUCUAAUUUAAAAUAAUAUAUAUUCUAAAAAAAUGUCAAUUCAGGAUUUCAAAAUAAAACCAUAAUUUUGUGAGUUUAGACAUAAAACUUUAAUGAAAUACUAUGAAAUCAUAUAAAAUACAACUAUAAUCAUUAUAAAUGAUAUAUUUUAUAUUGUUAUAAGAAAAACUGGAUAGAUAACUAACAUAAGAAAGUACAGAUAAGUUUAACAUAACUGAUUCGGUUUAUAUACGUUAAAACAGAGAAACAACAAAAAAAAUAAAACAAACUGUUAAAAAUAGUCAUCAUUAACUUUCUAUAUAAAUUACCAAGAGAUUACCAAAAAAUCAUCAUUUCACGAUCAACGAUCAAAAUUAGACUAAACUAUAUUAGAAUUUCAUAUUUGUUCUAAUAAUAUACAUUAUGACGACUCAAACUUUUAAAAAAUCAUGCAUUAUUUUCAUGAUUGUAGCUAUAUAUACAGUGAUGUUUUCGGCACAAAAUUGUCUUUCAACCAAUGUUGAAAAAUGUGUCAAACACUGCAUCCCAAAUCAGUGCAUGAAAGUAGCCAAAAAAGCAGAUAUGUCUAUUUGUGAAGAAGCUUGCAAAAAGUUUUGCAACAAACAUGUAACAAGUCAUGAAGAAUAUGCUGUUCCUAUAACCGAUGGUGGUUUCUUUUGCACCCAUAUUUGGAAUUGUGUUUCGUAACUAUUUUCAAAUUUAAAAGUUACAAUUGUAUUCUUUGUUUUAACAUGUUAAAUAUAUAUAUAUAUAUAUAUAUAUAUAUAUAUAUAUAUAUAUGUAUAAUCGAUAUUUCUGUUUGUUUUAUCUGACGCAUAUUAUAUAUAUAUAUAUACUUUUAUUGUGCAACAAGUUUUUAUCAGUGUUAACAAAUAUUUAAUAUUCAAAAUUACUGUAUAUUUCAAAAAAUAUAUUACAACAAUUUUAAUAAACAAUGCCAUAUUAGCUUAGUAAAAUUUCAUUUUAAUCAACAUCAAUACUAAUUAAAAAUAUGCUAGCGAUAGAUGGUGAUUGCAUUGUAAAUUUUACAUAAUUUGGUGAUAUAAAAAAAUAAGAAUCAAUCCACACAAAUAAAAAGGAGUACAAUCAAAUUCUAUGCAGACCAAAAAUUAAUAUCUAGUGAAAAUAAACUUUUGUGCACUUAAGAUAAAAGUAAAAAAAGUAAAACACAAAACAAAAAUAUAGACUGGUCACAUUAACUCAUACAUUAGUUUAAUGUAAGAACUCCAAAAUUAAACCUUCUAAGCUUUCACAUUCUGUAUUUUUGGCUUCCCUUGGUUUCAUCAAUACCUCUUUGAAUCUCUUAUAUUUGUUCUCUUAACUCAUGUUUCAUCUCACCUCCACGAUUCCAUUUAUGACAUAAUGACUUUGUAUCGCAUCUCUCUCUUCCUCCUCUAACAAGUUCUUCCAAUUUUAUAUUUUUCUGACCUUUUUUUCUAAUCAUAUUCGUGAAUAUUUUGUGAAUGUAAAUAAAAUUAUGUUUCUUAUUUACUCUAGCUUUGUCUUCGUACAACUUUUUCUCCUUUUUACUUUUUGUGAUUAAAUUUCUUUGUUUUCUUUAUUAUUAUAGAUAUUUCCUCACUGCUUGUUCCUGAGACGAACUUGAUCUCAUUCUCAUCCUUCUCUUUCUUGCAAAUCCACCUCCGUCUUAAUCUCUUCCAUCUUUUCUCUGCCACGGCGUGUAUACCUGGCCAAUUGAUAUACCAUGGAUUUUAUCCAUUUUUAGCUACGGUAUAUAGAUGUUUUAGGAACUAUUUAUUAUGCUUUUGAGUCUUUUUAGCACAUUUACAUGUUCAGGAGUGUUAUGGAGAAAAAUGAUGAUUUGGGUGCAUUUUAGAGAUAAAAGGAGAGGAAGCUCGUAGCUGACCAUCGAACUUGUCUGAAGGUCGGCGAUCAGAGAUAAACAUUGAUCCACGCACAUCCUGUGCCGUCGAUCGACAGCAAAGCGCGCAAAACCCAGCUAGGUUAACAGCCGGCCUAAAUCCCAAGUCAUGACAUAUUUACAUAAAUAGCCCUGGCCGACUUUUAACCUAAUAUUUUUGUGUUAUGCCAUUGUUCUAGGCAAUACACGCUUUCUUAUUUUCUACUUUUCACAGCAAACAAAACUUAGGGAUCGAAUCAAUAGACUAUAAGAUUUCACAAUAGAUUUGUAGUUUUUGAAGUAAAGCUAGAAGAUUAUUGUUAGGGUCAAAAUUGAUCACGAUGGAAUCAAUGACCGAAGAAUCCCGGAAAGUAUCUCUUGUAAGAAGAAGUUUCGUACAAGUCCUCAAAACGAAAUGACAAGUUCUAAGAACGGAAAAAUCCAAUCUCUUUGCAGCCUUGGGGAAACAAACUACAAAGCAUGCAGAAUGCCUUACCACCGUCUUAACGUCCAUCAAAGAAAGCCAAUGUCCAUCCCGUCCCGGCGUCCUCUCCCGUCCUGUCCCGAUGCGUCUGGAUGCUCCAAGCGUCCUGGUCGUUCUCAUCGCCGAAACAUAACCGUUUCCAGCCCACUACUCAUUAGAGAAAUCCAAAAUCACCACCAAUUAUCUUAUUUAAGAGCUUAAGGUGCAGUCUCAUCGAUGGGGGUAUUGAACUCCGAACACCUGAACUCUUAAACAUUCAGGUUUCUAAUCAAAGUUGAAAGCUUUAGAUUCUUUCCGCAUUUAAACAGGUAUAUAAAGGGGUUAUAAAUCCUUCUUGACCGAAAAACCGGAUCGCUGUAGUGGUCAAAACAAGAAAACCAGAAAAAAAAAAAAAAAGCGUGGUGAACACAUCUGUUACUAUGCAAAAGAAGUGAAAAGAGUAACUGAAAAAAUAGUCAAAGAAAUCGCAUUCAAAGCCAUUUUCUUCAUGAUUUGAUUCUACAGGUUUUUGCAUAUAUUAGAGGAAAAAAUUAAAAAUAUUUUUCUAAUUUAAAAUAAUAUAUUUUCUAAAAAAAAUGUCAAUUCAGGAUUUCAAAAUAAAACCAUAAUUUUGUGAGUUUAGACAUAAAACUUUAAUGAAAUACUAUGAAAUCAUAUAAAAUAGAACUAUAAUCAUUAUAAAUGAUAUAUUUUAUAUUGUUAUAAGUAAAACUAGAUAGAUAAUUAACAUAAGAAAGUACAGAUAAGUUUCACAUAACUUAUUCGGUUUAUAUACGUUAAAACAGAGAAACAACAAAAAAAAACUGUUAAAAAUAGUCAUCAUUAACUUUCUAUAUAAAUUACCAAGAGAUUACCAAAAAAUCAUCAUUUCACGAUUAACGAUCAAAAUCAGACUAAACUAUAUUAGAAUUUCAUAUUUGUUCUAAUAAUAUACAUUAUGACGACUCAAGCUUUUAAAAAAAUCAUGCAUUAUUUUCAUGAUUGUAGCUAUAUAUACAGUGAUGUUUUCGGCACAAAAUUGUCUUUCAACCAAUGUUGAAAAAUGUGUCAAACACUGCAUCCCAAAUCAGUGCAUGAAAAUAGCCAAAAAGCAGAUAUGUCUAUUUGUGAAGAAGCUUGCAAAAAGUUUUGCAACAAACAUGUAACAAGUCAUGAAGAAUAUGAUGUUCCUAUAACCGAUGGUGGUUUCUUUUGCACCCAUAUUUGGAAUUGUGUUUCGUAACUAUUUUCAAAUUUGAAAGUUACUAUUGUAUUCUUUGUUUUAACAUGUUAAAUUUAUAUAUAUAUAUAUAUAUAUAUAUAUAUAUAUAUAUAUAUAUAUAUACUUUUAUUGUGCAACAAGUUUUUAUCGGUGUUAACAAAUAUUUAAUAUUCAAAAUUACUGUAUAUUUCAAAAAAUAUAUCACAACAAUUCCAAUAAACAAUGCCAUAUUAACCUAGUAAAAUUUCAUUUUAAUCAACAUCAACGCUAAUUAAAAAUAUGCUAGCGAUGAAUGGUGAUUGCAUUGUAAAUUUUACAUAAUUUAGUGAUAUAAAAAAAUAAGAAUCAAUCCACACAAAUAAAAAGGAGUACAAUCAAAUUCUAUGCAAGCCAAAAAUUAAUAUCUAGUGAAAAUAAACUUUAGUGCACUUAAGAUAAAAGUAAAAAAAGUAAAGCACAAAACAAAAAUAUAGACUGGUCACAUUAACUCAUACAUUAGUUUAAUGUAGGAACUCCAAAAUUAAACCUUCUAAACUUUCACAUUAUGUAUUUUUGGCUUCCCUUGGUUUCAUCAAUACCUCUUUGAAUCUCUCAUAUUUGUUUUCUUAACUAUCUCAUGCUUCAUCUCACCUCCACGAUUCCAUUUAUGACAUAAUGACUUUGUAUCACAUCUCUCUCUUCCUCCUCUAACAAGUUCUUACAAUUUUAUACUUUUCUGACCCUUUUUUCUAAUCAUACUCGUGAAUAUUUUGUGAAUGUAAAUAAAAUUUUGUUUCUUAUUUACUCUAGCUUUGUCUUCGUACAACCUUUUCUCCUUUUUACUUUUUGUGAUUAAAUUUCUUAGCUUUCUUUAUUAUUAUAGAUAUUUCCUCACUGCUUGUUCCUGAGGCGAACUUGAUCUCAUUCUCAUCUUCUUCAGGUAAGGAAAUCGCAAACCAAGCAGUUAUUCAAGUCCAGUUUACACAAGUCUAAACUCGGAUAACUCAGGUUAAAACAACCCACUGUCGUGGUGUUGAUUCUUUUGCAGAUCGGUUUUGACACCUAAACUCUCGUUUGGAUCAAGACAAGAUAGCAAGCUUUAGAGAUCAAGUCGGAUAUGUUCAUAAUACACUCUAAUAUCUACUCUCGCUGACUAGGGAUGGAAAGCUCAUUCAAUUCAUGUCAGGUUAUCAACCAACGGUUAGCUAAAUGUAUUAACCCUAUUUCAUGCACUAAGUGAUCAGUUCAAUGCAAGAAAUAAGAACAGAUAUGAAUGUAGACAAUCUUAAGAUGACUUAUUUAUGCUUCAGCUCGCGAAUCCUAACCCUAGAACCCUAAACUAACUUGGUGACUACAUAGACAUAACACAAGAACAGAAAAGCAUGAUUUCUGAAUAAUACUGCAUAUAAUAGAUAAUAGAAAUCAGAGGGUUCAGGAUAAUCUUCUCUAGGAGAUAGAUGAGGCCUUCUCCCUUACAAGUAGCAAUUGCAAAUCACAAAGCUCUCUCAGGUAUUUCUUGCGUUUAAAUUAAGGUAGGUCUAAAGUAAAUAAAAGGAGACUAUAUAUAUAUAGAAGCCACAUGCAGCUAAAAAGGCAAAAAUAGGAAAACUAAGACAAAUCCCUAAAUAAAUGGAAACUUCUUUUUUAAUCUCUGCCGCUGGAGCAGGCACUCAGGCUGCUCCAGUUGACUGUUCUGCUCGAAAGACUCCAAAUCACACUCUUUUUCUCUAGCUGGUCCAUCUCCCAUCCAAUGCAACUCUAGACCUGUAAUGACUCAAAGGGACAAAAAAACUCGAUAAAACCUCGAAAACUAUUAAUAAAACAUACAUAUAAUGUGCCAAAGGAUCAAUAUAUUACCGAUGACCCCACUAUUCGCCUACACUUUGUCAAAUAAAAAAAAAGAGAAAGAAAAAAACAAAGAAGAGAAAAUCGAAAAGAAGGUGAAUAAGGAUGGACUGUAUCAGCAUCAUUGUUUAUUGGAAUUGAGAUUCAGAUAAGAGAGAAAGAGGGAAGAAGGAGAUCAAAUAAAACUACAUGUGUGUUCAGAAACUUGCUUGAGUAAGAGUCCAUGUAUCUUUUGAUCGCUACGCCCAAGGUAAAGCCUACACCUUUUAUAUAUGCAUUAAAUGAGAUCACUAGAGGGGCGAGUCAGACACUAUUAGCUAAGUUAUUGGUUAGAUGGAUUUGGUUGCUAAGCUAAGAUAUGGUUUAUAGGACACCUAUAAAGUUAGAAUUGAUUUGGUUGCGUGAGAAUGUUUUCUAGGACCAGACGAUGAUCUGAUCCCCAUAACGGCAAGUACAUCACAGUAGAGUGAGAAAACUUCUCAUGCCAAUCUUCAUUUGCAACAUCUCGUUCUAGUCGACACCUGACUGUUAUACAUCAUCUUUUGCCAACUCAUGAUAGCAUAUUCUCAGGAAAUGGAAAUUCUAACAUUUCACAAUUAGUUAGCAUUUUCUCAAAAGGCAGAAAUGAGCUAUCAGAGCAUUGUCUGCCCCUUUCUUUUCAUUCUGCCCAGUGAUUUCAUUAAAAUCUUCCAUUAUGAACCACGGUCUACUUCGUAUGAUUGAAAAACAUGUAAGAUGUUCAUAAAUUUGAUCUCUACGUUCUAAAACAAGAUCUCUAUAAACCAAUGUUAUAAAAAACGUUGUUUCAUCAGUGACUGCCUCGAUAUCAAUCAUAUGAUUAUUUGAGAACAUAACAUUAAUUUGGAAGUCAUACAUGAUAAACAGAGGUAAACCUCCACUUUAGCCAAGUGGCUCAACAGCCAACAAUUGGUUAUAUCCUAUACCAGUUUGAAUGUCCUGUAGCAAAGGCUUUUUAUUCUUUGUUUACGAAAAGAAUAAUACUUCGGAAUGAUGUUUCCGAUGCAUCGUUGAAUUGUGGGGUCAGUUUCAAGCCCUCCACAGUUCCAUAGAUGAAAAUAUUACUCUAAUAAAUAAGUCAAACUUAAUAAUUUACAUCCAGGUUCUAACUCGGAAUCUUUUUCAGGACUUUGUAACUUAAUAAUGCACAUCAAAAAUAAAAUAUUAAUUCAUAUGAAAUAUUUUUAUUAAGAAAAAAAUCUGCAAUUUAGAAACACUAUCAAAAUCUAGCAUUAUUUCAUUUUUAUGUAUUGUUUAUAUUAUAUAUAAGUGGACUUAGCUAACACGAAACCACAGUCUCAUCUUCAUGACUGUUUUGUGAGCUGCGAUGAUCGUGUGAAUCAAAAUCUCCAACUUUCGAACUUGUAUGGUGUGACCCUUUGCUCCAUGGCGAUCUCUCUUCUUCCCCGACCUUUCAUCUCACUCCGUACAACUAAAAUAUUCAGCCUUCCACCGAGGAUUUUCGCCCUUAGGCUAUCAUGCUCUUUUUCUUCUGAUGGGUCCACCGGAAAUCCAGAGAAGAGAUCUUUCUCUGUUGCCACUGGUGACAUGUUCAUCCAUAUCGCGUCGAGGCUUUUAAAGAGAUCCAACCAACGCUCGCCUCCGGUUGAUCAUGGAGAUAUGAUAGGAACAGUAUCUGAAGAUGUGACAGAGCCAGGGAUGAUAUGGGAACAGAGCGUCAAAGAUGUAGAGGCUGAUGAGAAAGAGAGGAGGGUAAUCACAAGCCCUGGUUUCAGCUUCUCUGCUGCUGGUCUUUUGUUCCCUUAUCAUCUUGGUGUUGCUCAGUUACUCAUCGAGAAGGGUUACAUUACGGACACUACUCCUUUGGCAGGAGCUUCUGCUGGUGCUAUUGUAUGUGCUACAAUAACCUCUGGAGCAUCAAUGCAAGAAGCCCUUGAAGCUACCAAGGUUCUUGCUCAUGAUUGCCGACGCAAUGGCACUGCUUUUCGUCUUGGGGCUGUCCUUAGAGAUUCUAUGGAGAAAUCACUGCCGGAUGAUAUUCAUAUUAGGUCCAAUGGCAGAGUUCGUGUUGCCAUUACACAGGUGUUAUGGAAACCUAGAGGUUUACUGGUGGAUCAGUUCGACUCCAAAAGCGACCUUAUCGAUGCAGUUAUUGCAUCUUCCUUUAUUCCAGGAUAUCUUGCACCAAUGCCUGCAACCAUGUUCCGUAAUCGAGUUUGUGUUGAUGGAGGCUUGACGUUGUUUAUGCCACCAACCGCUGCUGCUAAAACAGUUCGAGUUUGUGCGUUUUCCGCGAGUAAUUUCGAACUAAAGGGUAUUGGGAUCAGCCCGGAUUGCAACCCUCUAAACAGGGCAACCUCAAGACAACUAUUGAAUUGGGCACUGGAGCCAGCAGAGGACGAGGUGUUAGAGAUGUUGUUUGAGCUAGGUUAUGCAGAUGCAGCUGCCUGGUCUGAGAUGAAUCCAGCCGAGGAACUGGUUUAUGAUGAUGGUACUCCUUCAGCACAAGAGAUUCAAGCCAGUUAGGACACAUAAGAACUGCAUUCUUAACUUCUUCUAACCAUAUAUAGUCUGUUCAUUGUGCUAUAAUAAUAGAUUCUGAUUGUUUUCGGCCUUUGUAUGUUGCAGAAACUUGUAGGUAGAUAAAACCUAAUCCAAUGUUACGUCACUGAAUAUUCAACGUUCUCUUAUUCAGCAUUGAUCAUUCAAGUUCAAAA